UCGCCCAACACCUGGCGGCUUAAUGCCUACCAUCAUUCUCUAAGAAUGUAAACGCUUCUCAACUUUGCAAGGAUUAAAAACCUAUCUAGUAGAUGCUAUCACAGUUCAACGUUCUUAUCUAACACUAAACAACUUAGCACUCGAAAAGAAUGGUUAGUCCACCACCACUUCAGGGGCUUAAAGUCCUUGAAUUUGCCGGUUUAGCACCUGGACCUUUCGCUGGCUUACUUCUAGCAGAUGCUGGCGCCAAGGUCCUUCGGAUUGACCGUCAUACGACUGGUGUUCAAGUGGUGCCGACACCCGAUAUGCUUACAAGACAUAAAUCUUCCAUAGCUGUCGAUCUGAAGUCGCCAGGUGGUGUUGGCUUUAUCAAAGAAUUAGCUAAGACGGCUGAUGUAAUAAUCGAUCCGUUCCGCCCAGGCGUAUUGGAAAAGCUCGGCCUUGGCCCGCAGGUUUUGUGUGCCAUAAAUCCUCGCCUAAUUUACGGUCGUCUGACGGGAUUUCGUCGCGACGGCAAGUAUGCCCAGAUGGCCGGCCACGAUAUCAACUACCUUGCUGUAGCUGGAGUGCUUUCUCUACUGGGUCGAAGUGGAGAGAAGCCGCACCCACCCCAAAACAUCCUAGCAGACUUCGCUGGCGGAGGGGCUACAUUGUUUCAAGGUGUUUUACUCGCUAUUAUCGCCAGAGAGAAAACAGGAAUGGGGCAAGUCGUCGAGGCAAAUAUGGUGGAUGGCACUAGCUAUCUGACGACUUUCACUCGACAAUCACUCAAGUUACCACUCGGCAGUCUUCCACGCGGCGAGAAUGUGCUGGAUGGAGGAUGUCCAUAUUAUGAUACAUACGAAACGAAGGAUGGGAAAUAUAUGGCAGUAGGAGCUUUAGAGCCGCAUUUCUAUGCUGCCUUCAUCAAAGGUCUAGGCUUAAGCAACCAAAACUGGGAGAAGCGACAUUCCGACCGAGAGUCUUGGCCGGAAAUGAAACGGCAGUUUGAAAAAAUAUUCAAGUCAAAAACGCGCUCAGAAUGGGAGAAGAUCUUCGAUGGCACUGAUGCUUGCUGUACUCCUGUGUUGGAGUAUUCUGAACUAGAAACGGACGCUAAUCGCGAGGGUGAUCAACGCCCAGCGGUGACGUUACGCGAAUCGCCUUGCCUAGCUAUUAGCGAGAAAGCUACGGAUCCGAGUAUUCAUGGCCAGGGUCCCGGAAUUUCUGGAGGUAGCUACAUUGGCAAAUAUCUCACCCCAGGCCAAGGGGGCGAAGAAGCCCUAAAAACCUGGUUCGGAUGGAAAAGGGGGGAGGACUUCGAUAUCAGAGAUGGCAGCGUCGUAUUGAAACCCAAAUCAAAGCUAUAAAGGAGGAAAUUUGAAGGAGCAGGUUUAAACCAAAAGGAUACACGCUUUUCUACCCAGGUUUUUUUUUUAACGCCGCUUGCUCUUUGCCUCGCAGGAUCUUUUCUAUGAGAGCCCCAGCCAGUCUAAAAUAUGACCCGACGGUUCCACUAGCUUCCAUCAGCUUCUGUAAGAUCGAUGCCAUGACUUUUCCCUUGUCUAUCGAUAUCAAGCGCCCCCUUCGAACGUAUUAUUCAGCCAAGUUUAAAAUACGAAACUAGCUUCAGCACCACAAGUAUGAGUCGGUCUAGCCU